AUGAUGGUCCUGGCGCCGGCUUCUGGAAUCGACUUCUCCAUGUCUAAUAAUAAGGUACGGUCACAGGAGUGUGCCAAUUGCUUGGCCAUGAUGACCGGGGGCUUAUGCAUGCGCUUUCGCGAGACAUGGGGAUCAAUAACACCAACACCACCAAAAGACUACAAUGACAACCUCGUUUACAUCAUUCCUCAUUGUAGCCCUCGCGCCGCUGUCGAGCAUUGUGCGAUCGAGGACGAUCUGGUGCAGCUGUCGACGAGGCUGCACGAGGUCUUUGCAACGGUCGGUUUCGCCUACUUGAUCAAUGCGCCGCUGUCAUUUGACCACGAUGCUGUUUUCGGCAUGGCAAUGGACUUUUUCCGCCUCCCCGAGGAGACCAAGAUGAGCGUGGCCAAGAAGACGUUUCGCAAGGCCAACGCAAACACCUACAGAUGGCAAUCCGGGUUUGAGCUCGGCCCGUCACAUCGGCUGCCUGCUUCGUCGCGGCCGUCCAGCUCGCCCUUCAUCCUCACCGAGCCCAACUGCUUCCCAUCCUCGCCGCAGUUUACCUCGCGCGAAGCGUCUCGAGACCCUGUACGCGGAGCUCUCCUCCCUGUCCAGCACGCUCCUCGCGCUGCUCGCCUCGUCGCUCGCGGCAAGAACCCGGCGUCGUUCACCUCCAUCCUGCGCAACAGCGUCUCGACGCUGCGCCUGCUGCGCUACUCCCGGCCACGGCGGGCCCAACACAUCGACGCGACGGGCGGGCUGGAGGCGCGCAACGCCGAGGGCGCCUGGAUCCCGGCGCCGUACGUGCCCGGCAGCGUCGUGGUCAACGUCGGCGACCUGCUGGCGAGGAUGAGCGGCCGGUGGUUCGUGGCGACGAUGCACCGCGUGCGCAGCACGAGCAAGGAGCGCUUCAGCAUGCCCUUCUUCUCGGAGCCGGGCGUGGAUGCCAUGGUCGGGGAGCGCGGCAGGGAGGUCCGGUACGAGGAGUUUGUGCUCAACAAGAUGGGCACCUGGGUCGAGUUUCAGGACGAGAUGGAGAAGACGGAGAUUAUGAGCACGGUCAGCGCUAGCUCCGAGGUGCAUGCCUAUUAA